AUGCUUAUUGAAACUUCUAAUACUGAAUCUACACGUCCUUCUUCAUGGAGUGAUCAUGUGAAAUAUGAUUCCAUUGAAAAUACUUCAAAUUCGAGAAGAAUGGAGACGAUGAAAAGAGAUAAUCUCGUCGAUCUUUGUGAAUGGGUUGUAUGCGAAAAGAUUCACGGAGUAAACUUUUCAUUUAUCACGGAUGGCACAAGAGUGCAAUGCGCAAGGAGGAUGGCAAUCCUCGACGAAAAUGAGUCAUUUUACGGCUACCAGACAAUCAAAGCAAAGUACCAUGAUAAUAUAAUUAAAUUAUGGGAAGUAAUGAAUUCAAAAAAUCUCAUACGUGGUGUAAAGAUUAUUGUAUACGGUGAACUGUUUGGAGGACUUUAUCGGCAUCCCGAAGUCAAACCGGUGAAGGCAAUUUCGAUAAUUCAACAUGGAAUUGAAUAUUGCCCUAAUCACGAGUUCAUGGCUUUCGAUGUCUUUGAUGGCACAGAUUUGGUGGGAUUUAAUACCAUGACUGAAGUCUUGGAAGAGGCAGGCGUACCGUUCCUGAAGCCAUUGGCAAAAGGCUCUUUUGAACAAGUCUCUAAUUAUGAUCCGCAUUUUGUCACUACUGUUCCUGGUCUUUUAGGUCUUCCACCUCUACCAAAAAAUAACAAAGCUGAAGGAGUGAUUAUUAGACCAGUUCUUCAUCUUCGUAGUUCUCAUGGGAAUCGAAUCAUAUUCAAGAUAAAAACUGCAGAUUUCGUGGAGAGAACAAAAUCUGAGAAAAAAAAUUAUCGAUUAGAACAAAAGGAGGGGAAAAGCAAGUCAAUGAAAUUGAUGGAUGUAGUCAAUACGGAAUUGGCAUUAUUUAUCAAUAAAAAUCGACUGAUUUCCGUUAUUUCCAAAGAAGGUCCUUUGAAAGAAGCAGAAAUUGCUAAAACUGCCUUAUUGUUAUACGAAGAUGCUCUUGAAGACUUCCAGAAGGAAGAUGAUUGGUUUAAGAAAUAUGAUGAAUUAGAGUCUAAACAAAAAGAUAUUAUAAAGUUAAGAGGAAUAACAGCUUCUACUAAAGUGAUCAAGGAGUAUUUAAAUGAUUUGAAAGAAUUAGAGGACGAUUUAAACUCUGAUUUUAAUUUUUUCGCAUAA